ACCUGCUGGGUGGCGGCUGCACUCUGCGCGCAGCAAGGCAACGGACCGACGGCCCGGAGGCGCUCGGCGCAGGUGUCCUGGGACUUGAUGGCGAACUUCAAGGGUCAUGCGCUCCCUGGGAGCUUCUUCUUGAUAGUUGGACUGUGGUGGUCGGUGAAACACCCACUGAAAUACUUUUAUCAAAAGGAGAAGAGCAGCCAACUGACCCAUCACUACCAGCGUCUCGAGAUCAUCGAAGCUGCAAUCAGAACUUUGUUUUCAGUCAUCGGGAUACUGGCAGAGCAGUUUGUUCCUGACGGGCCCCACCUCCACCUGUACCACGAGGACCACUGGGUAAAACUCAUGAACUGGCAGCACAGCACCAUGUACCUGUUCUUCGCAGUCUCGGGCAUCAUGGACAUGCUGACCUACCUCAUCACCCACGUCCCCCUGGGGCUGGAUAGACUGGUUAUGGCUCUGGCUGCCUUCAAUGAAGGCUUCCUCUUCUACUACCAUGUGCACAACCGGCCGCCGCUGGACCAGCACAUCCACUCCCUGCUGCUGUGUGCUGUAUUCGGAGGCGCCCUCAGCCUCGCCGUGGAGGUAGUCCUUCGGGACAACAUCGUGCUGGAACUCUUCCGCACCAGCCUCCUCCUCCUUCAGGGCACCUGGUUCUGGCAGAUUGGGUUCGUGCUGUUCCCGCCUUUUGGAGGCCCUGAAUGGGACCAGAACAAUGAUGACAACAUCAUGUUCAUCACCAUGUGCUUCUGCUGGCACUACCUGGCCGCCCUCUGCAUUGUGGCCACCAGCUACUCGCUAGUUUACUGCUUCCUGACGCGGGUGAAGAGGCCGGAAGACAGAGAAGUCAUCGGGAUUCAGAAGCUGAGGUCGGAUCACACAUACCGGAAGGCCCUCCUGAGUGGCUCAGACGAGGAGUAGGGGCGGCUCCCGGUCAGCGGCGGAGGGUGGGGUGUCCUGGAGGCGCUCGGCCAGCGGUCAGCGGGCCAGCUCCCUGCCUCCGCUGCUGCCCUCACUGUGAUCCUCUCCCAGGGUCCCACCUUCUCGCUUAACCAACUAAGGUUCGUGUGGGUGUGCUAUUCUGUCUAGAAAAAUGAAGUCAACCUUUAUGUGUGUCUCAGAAUAAGGAGAAAUCAGACUGAAAGUUUUAAAACAGAAAAGUGACCUCCUGGAUGAACUCAGGAUACAAACCCAGAAGAAUUUACUGUUUUGAUAAUUUAGCCCCGUUUCUCUCAAAUGCGGCAGGUACUUUCCUAUCAGAAAUCAAGUCAAUGACAGAACCUUUAGAGAGACAAUUCUAAUUUAAGUAAAAUAAUAUACAAGCUUUGGUAUUUCAAGUACUACUUGUUAAGCAUCUCCUAACUAAUCCUAAUACUCCAGAAGAUUGUAUUAACACUCACUGUUGAUAAACAAAGAGGUUGAGCCAAAGUGACUUUGUAUUUAACCAGGAAGCCAGUCUGGUCCAGCUGAGGGCUGAACUCAGAUGUUCUUACUCCUCAGAAGUACCUAAUGACAGGGUGCUGAGAGAUCUCCAUGAGGCAGAGAGAAAUGUCAGGUCAAGGGAGGCCUUGAAUUUAAAUAUAGCUGAAAGCAACGGAUAAGAAUCCUGCAAAUCCUUCAAAGAAUGUGAAUCUUGAAUAAGUAACAGACACUGGAUAUGCAAGUCUUAAGUCUGGAUCUUUUUUUCUUUUUUAAACUUCCUUCAACAAAUAUUUAUUAAAGAUUUACUUUGCACCAGCACA